AUGCUCCCUGCACCUGGCAGCUGGACCCCCAGGACAGCCGCUCUGCCUGUGUUGCAUGCUCCAGGCAGCUACAUGAGGCGAGGGACGCAGAAGACCGGCCUCAUGCCCGGGGCGCUGGGGACGGGGGCUGCGGCCGGGGAGCCGGUGCAGAGGCUGAGCAGGAGGCAGUGGAGAAACAAGCAGAAGAAUAAGCGGCGCCAGAAGAGCAAGCUCCAGGCGGGACCUGGAGGGGAGCAGGGCGUGGAUGGGCAGGCGGGCACGGGACCGAGCGCCCCGGAGCUUCCCAGCCUGGAAGCGGCUCCUUUGGGACGGUCGGCAGCCCUGCGUGCACGGAUGGAGGAGCGGCUCCUGGCCGCCCGGUUCCGGUACAUCAACCAGCAACUCUACACAUCCACCAGCCAGGAAGCAGCACAGCUCUUCCAGAGCGACCCUGAAGCAUUCGAAAUCUACCACCGUGGCUUUGCUCAGCAAGUGGGGCGCUGGCCGGAGAACCCUGUGCAUCGCAUCGUCCGCUACCUGCGGCGGCGGCCAGCCUCACUGGUGGUGGCGGAUUUUGGGUGUGGUGACUGCAAGAUUGCAAGCAGCAUCAAGAACAAGGUUCACUCCUUUGACCUGGUGCCUCUCAGCCCACUGGUCACCGUCUGCGACAUGGCCAAGGUGCCUUUGGCGGCUGAGUCGGUGGACGUUGCGGUGUUCUGCCUGGCACUGAUGGGCACCAACCUGCAGGAGAUCCUGGAAGAGGCCAACCGCGUGCUGAAGCAGGGGGGUACCCUGAUGGUGGCUGAGGUGGCCAGCCGCUUCGAGGACAUCCGAGCCUUCGUGAAUGCCAUGGCUCAACUGGGCUUCAAAAGUGUCUCCAAGGUGUGUCCUCAGGUGUGCCCUGUGCUGGGUGCACUGGGCCCCCGGGAACCAGGGAGCCCCGAGAAGGAGCCCGUGGUCCCUGGCAGCCAGAGACCACCCUUCCUGCUCUGGCAGCAGGGCAGGGCAGUACAGCUCAGCCUGGUGCUGGCGGGGAGCUGGCCUGGGGGUGGUGACAGCAUAUGGGGGUUUGGGGGACCUGGGGGCUGUGGAGCUGGGGUCUGUGGAGCUGGGGUCUGA